AUGGCAACAUCCUCUGCCAAACUACUCUGUGCGAUCGUCAACCACCUGGUCCUGCCACCGGAUCUACCUGACAACGUCGAUAAGAACCUUGCCGAGGUUAAUCACGAGCUUCUGCAGCGCGUCCAGAAUGCCUGCAGGGAGUUGGACAGCGCCAUCAAAGGCGAAUUCCAACAAGAGCUGCGCCUGCUGCAAAGCUCUUUAGCUCAUUCCUGCAACUACAGCGAGCAUUUCGUAGACUGGCAGGUCGACGAGAUCCUUAUUGUCCAUGUCAGCGAGCAGAACACGGGACUCUUGGUAAGACAUGGCACCAGCGAGUUGAAAGAGUAUAUCAUUUUUGAAGCCUUCAAAGUCUCUGCAAAAUCAGAAAAUGUCCUCGAAUCCCUGGGCGCACUACAGUGGGACUUUCCUACCUCUGCCGCAGCCAUUCCAAACAAAGUCUUUGCAGACGAAAGCUUCCAGCAAAGCCUUGCCGAAUUUCUACAGAAAGCAAGCUUCGAAAGAGUCGGUAAAUUUGGGGCGACCAUUCUCAGGGUCAAGUCUCCAACCCCUGAAGCACGGGACACCAAUAACCCUGCUUUGAUUACAGGCCUAUUGAUCACAUUACUGGAGGGUCUCAGCCAGCUGGCCACUACAAGCCCCAUCCGCAAACGUGUCAGAGAUGAAGUUCGCUGGAAAGACUCGGGCAUCCCAUGGAGGAGAUCGCCGUUCUGGCUGCGUCUGCGUGUUGGCAUCUUGCGUCAUCUGGAGCAAUUGACAUGCCCGUCUGUUUCAAUCGCCAUGUACAAAGCCCUGAUGUGUCUUCUGCACGCCCAAUUGCUGGGGCCGGUGGCUGGUUCUCAAGCUCCGGAACUCGCUCAUCUCUUGUUCAGAAAACUUGGUCGGCGAAUCGCGAAACUAGAGAAGGACGGGGCUCUUGCGGCUGCUGCAGACAUCAGAAUCUCGGUCGCAUACCCCCAAUCUCCUCGUUUCAGGAGAAUUCCGGCGUGCGUUAACAGUGCCCCCUGGGAGACCGAAUGA